AUGGGCAGGGUUGCUGGACCUUUCCCUUACUCCCCACUUCAUAACCUUAGACUUUCCCCGAUAGGCAUGGUGCCAAAGAAGGAUGGUACUUUCCGCCUAAUUCAUCAUUUGUCUCACCCAGCUGGUGAUAGUGUGAAUGAUUAUAUUGAUCACAAGUAUUGUUCAGUUAGAUAUACCCCAUUUGAAGAAGCCCUUGAAAUGUUAGAAAAGUUAGGUUCAGCUGGUCUUCCUGGGACUCAGGAAUGCCAUUAUCUAGUGUCAAAAUUUACCAGUCUUUGUGAUGAAUUAGGGGUUCCACUAGCCCAUGACAAAACCUUGGGUCCUACAACAAAAUUAGUGUUUUUAGGACUCGAAAUCGAUACAGUUGCAGAGACGGUAGACUGGGCCAAUGAUUUUCAGUUAGAAUUAUUCACAGACAGUGCUGGUUCUGAAAACCUAGGUUGUGGGGCUAUUUUUGGAACUCAUUGGGCCUUUUUAACAUGGCCUGAAUCCUGGAAAGGGGCAUGCAUAUUUAGGGACAUCACAUUUUUAGAAUUGGUUCCCAUAGCAAUGGCAUUCUCUGUUUGGGGUAAGGAGCUGGUGGGAAAAAGAUUCUCUCUCUCGUCUGCAGUGGAACAGAUUCAGACAUGUCUUUCCAGAAGCCGACCAGCUCCCAUCGACUGUUCCAGACUCAUUCCUCAGACUCAUCUACAAUAUCGAGCACAAGAAUUGCUAAGUUGUUCCUUGUCUGAAAACACAAAGAAAUUAUACAUGACAGCAGUUCAUCAGUUUAAUUUAUUUUGCCAUGCUUAUGAACGUAAUCAAACUUGGCCACCAAACCCUAAUGACUUGAUCCAUUUUGUAGCGUAUCUCUCAUUUAAACAAUUCUCAUCAAGCACAGUCAAAGCAUAUAUUGCAGGAAUAUCAUAUUUUUGCAGAAUCCGGGGUUUUCUGGAUACAACAAAAUCAUUUAUAUUACAAAAGGUAUUGGUCGGAUUUAGUCGUAUGAACACAAGAGUUGACAAUCGCAAACCAAUAACCAUCAGCAUCCUUCAAGGUCUAAUUUCUAUUCUUCCUCAGGUUUGCCUAUCAAACUAUGAAUCAAUUUUAUUCAGUGCACUUUUUUGCACAGCAUUUUUUGGAUAUUUUAGAAUAGGGGAGCUAGUACAGGAUUCAAAAGUAAAACCAGGUCAUGCAAUACAAGUAGGCGAUGUUCGGUUAUCAACCAGCAAUUCAGUCAUUAUAACCUUAAGACACUCCAAAACUGAUCAAGAGGGAAAGGGUGCCACAAUCACUUUAGUGCCCGCUAGCCCAAUCUGCCCCAUCCAACAUCUAAAUAAAUAUGCAACUUUAAGACCAAAUUCCCCCGGAGCCUUUUUCAUUCAUUUGUCUGGCUAUCCAGUGACCAGAUAUCAAGCAGAAUCGGUAUUUAUCAAGGCUAUUAGAAUGCUAGGUUUGGACACCAAAAUGUAUAAGACUCAUUCUUUCCGCAUUGGAGCAGCUUCCAACGCAUGGGCUAGUGGAAUGAGUCAAAUGGAUAUUGCGGGCAAUGGGCGUUGGAAAUCUCGUUGCAUGUAUAGGUACAUCAGAAGCUAAGCAUUUUGCUAGCAUUUAUAUUGUGCAUUUAAGGUGUUAUACAAUUUAGUUUGUUAUUGUCACGCUGCCCUGUUUUUAUUUAUUUCACAACAGGGUUACAAUGGUAGCUGCUGUAUGUCAUAUCUAGACAUAAACUAACAUACUAUUGUGGAAUACGUAAUAUGUGUGUAUAUAUUUCUCGUUCAAUUAAUUUUGUAUUUGUAGAUACUAGAAUUUGGAUUGUGGGUUCGUCCAUUAUUAAGAGAGCCUUUUGUCAGACAAGGCAUUCAAUAUUUCAAACUCACCUCGAGCUAGAAAGGCAUCGGGCAACAAUUUUCUGGCAGGGUAAGGGUGGAAUGAAAUGGGGGGAAAUUUUGCCGAAAAUCAAGGGUUUACUAAAAGUAGAGGACCCACCCAAUUUCCUCGUAUUGCACUGUGGGGGCAAUAACAUACCGGGUGAUAAAGGUGAGAAGUCUGUUGAUUUAAGACUAAAAAUCAACAACACCUUGGUCAGUUUGGCCAAGCUGUUGCCCGACACUGUUUUGGUUUGGUCACAGAUACUCCCCCGCCAGCACUGGCGAGGCGGUGUUGACCAAGAAGCAAUGGAUAUGGUCAGAAAACGGUUAAACAGUUUUGUUGCAACCGCCUUAAUCCGCACAGGGGGGAAAUAUAUUCGAUAUCCAGAAAUUCAGAUUGAUUGUCCGCACUUGUUUGCCCCUGACGGAGUUCAUCUCUCUGAACUUGGUAACCAAU